GAAGAAAAAACUAAAGGGGGCUGAUGCAUAUUUAUACUCAGCACCUUGUACCUACACUAUCUUAUGGACAUAUGCAGUGGUCAUGACUGUGCGGCUUGUUUUCAAAGUUUUCACCCGUUGACUAUCGUUUACAUGCGUAGUGAAUCCACGGUGUACGUUAUCAGCAUAGCCAUUCAGACAUGGAUUAAAUAUCUGAGAAAUACUCAUAACAAUUCAAUGUAUAUUAUGUUUUUAGACUCAUGUAUACAUAUGUUUUGAAUAUGCAUUACGGUUAUGUUUAUGUUUUAACGUAUAUUAUGAAAUACAU